ACAGUGAGAGAGAGAGAGAGAGAGAGAGAGAGAGAGAGGAGAGAGAGAGUGAGAGGGAGGGAGGGAGAAAGAGAGCGAGAGGAGGUGGAGUUUCAAACACAUCAGGUGCUGAGAGACGGAGAGAGGACUGACUAGACUGCUGGAUAUUCAACAGCACCACAGCAGAGAGCAUGAAUGACCAUCGGAGCGUCCACAGAGGCUGCAGCAGGCUUAAUUGGACAAGCAGAAGAGUCAGAGAAGGUCCAUCUAUGCAUGGGAUCAUGUGAUGAGUGUCCAUGUCUGUGAGCUUCACCCUCAGCAGCCUCCCUCAUCCAUCAGUCUAUCCAGCUGGGAGAAAAUGUCCAGUCUUUGAGGUAUGAUGGUUGGGAAGCAGGGGAAGCAGUGGAGGUCAGUGUGUAAGGGUCUGAUUCUGGGGACCCUCCUGACCAGCUGCAUGAUUUUGCUUUACUGCCUGUCUGCUCCAGAGGUGCAGUUCAGCCUGCCAGAUGUUCCUGUGCCUUACUCAUGCUCCCAUCACCCAGCUCCUGCCCACCCUGUAGCUGCUUCCAACAGUGUACAUGGACAAGAGCAACGUUGCACCCCAAAGGUGGACAUCAUGUUCUUAAAAACCCACAAAACAGCCAGCAGCACCAUCCUCAACAUCCUGUUCCGGUUCGGGGAGAAGCAGCGCCUGAAGUUCGCCUUCCCCAGCAGCCGGAACGACUUCUUCUACCCUUCGCCUUUCCACCGCUCACAGGUGAAGGACUACAGGCCCGGGGUGUGCUUCAACAUCAUGUGCAAUCAUAUGCGCUUGAACGAGGCCGAAGUGGCCAAGGUGCUUCCAGCUGACACUAGCUAUAUCACCAUCCUUCGAGAUCCAGCAGAGCUUUUUGAGUCAUCUUUCCAUUAUUUUGGCCGGCUGGUGCCCCUCACAUGGAAAAUCUCUGGGGACGACAAGCUUGGAGAGUUUCUGAGAGAGCCUGAGGUUUAUUACGACCCUGACGGCUUCAACUCCUUCUACCUCAAGAACUUGCUGUUCUUUGACUUUGGGCAGGAUAAUAAUUUACCAGCGGAUGACCCCAGGGUGGAAGAGGGCAUCCAGGCCAUCGCCCAGCGCUUUGAGCUUGUCAUGCUGGUGGAGCACUUUGAGGAAUCGCUAAUCCUGCUCAAGGAUGCCCUCUGCUGGGACAUGGAGGACCUGCUGUUCUUCAAGCUAAAUGCUCGGAAGGGCUCCACUGUCUCCAAACUGACCCCAGAGCUCAGAGCUAAAGCAUUAGAAUGGAACUCUGUUGACUGGAAGCUUUACCAGUACUUCAACACCACUUUCUGGCAGAAAGUUGAAGCAUAUGGCCUGGAGCGCAUGGCGAAGGACGUUGCUGAGCUGCAGCGCAGAAAUGCAGAAAUGGCCACCAUCUGCAUCGAGGAUGGCCAUGCUGUGGACGCCGGGAGCAUUCAUGAGACUGCGAUGCAGCCAUGGCAACCCAUAGGUGAAAAGUCCAUUAUGGGAUACAAUCUGAAAAAGAAUGUGGACAAUGCUCAUAGGAAACUGUGCAGAAAGAUGCUGACCCCAGAGCUGCAGUACUUGAUGGACUUAGGGGUCAACCUGUGGAUAACGAAAUUGUGGGGCCACGUGAGGGACAUCCUUCACUGGUAGACAAAGCAGGGUCACACUGCUCGGCCACUGACCUUUACUGUAAACUCUAAAGAUGACCACUGAUCUCUGUGAAACAAACUGAAGCGUAACAUACGUAGCACACAGACUUUGUCAAUGUCCAGCAGAUUUUAAUGUCAUUUCAGUCCAUCACUUUUUGAUUUCAUGAAGCCACAUCACAGCAGUGGGCAGGAUUGUGAACUGGUGCUUGAGUCAAUCAGGAAAACCAAAUCAAUGACACUCAUUACAUGACCUCAUGUUCCUAUCUGAUGUCUGUAUGAUGUUUUUCUUGCCUUCUUUUUUGCACGCUGCCAAUACCAUAUCAGUAAUGUUGACUCUUUGACUCUUAUUGGCUGAAAUGAAAUCAGGG